CUGGCACGACAGCGGGCACGGAGUCAUCUGGCACGACAGCGGGCACGGAGUCAUCUGGCACGACAGCGGGCACGGAGUCAUCUGGUACGACAGCGGGUAUCGAGUCACCAAGCUGGACAGCGGGCACCGAGUCAUCUGGCACGACAGCGAGCACUGAGUCACCAGGCACGACAGCGGCACCGGGUCAUCAGGCAUCGGGUCGUCUGGCUUGACAGCGGGCAUCGGGUCAUCUGGCAUCGGGUCGUCUGGCUCGACAGCGGGCACCGAGUCAUCCGGCAAGGCAGGGGGUACCGAGUCAUCCGGCAAGGCAGCGGGCACCGAGUCAUCCGGCAAGGCAGCGGGCACCGAGUCACCAGGCACGACAGCGGGCACGGGUCAUCAGGCAUCGGGUCGUCUGGCUUGACAGCAGGCAUCGGGUCAUCUGGCAUCGGGUCGUCUGGCUCGACAGCGGGCACUGAGUCAUCCGGCAAGACAGCGGGCACCGAGUCAUCCGGCAAGGCAGCGGGCACCGAGUCAUCCGGCAAGGCAGCGGGCACCGAGUCACCAGGCACGACAGCAGGCACCGAGUCACCAGGCACGACAGCGGGCACCGGGUCAUCUGGCUCGACAGCGGGUACCGGAUCA